GGGCCUCCACGGGGCGGGAUCCCUUGCCCGGGCGAUAUGGGGGCGUGGCGUGAGCGCCCGGGCAGGAUCCCGAGCCGGAAGCGGACGGAACUCGGGGUCCGCAAUCGGCCGGCCAUGGACGAAGCGGACCGGCAGCUCCUGCGGCGAUGUCGGGUGCGCCUGGUGAGCGAGCUGCAGGUCGCCGAGCUCUGGGACGCUCUGCUGAGUCGAGAGCUCUUCUCGGGGGACAUGAUCGAGGACAUCCAGGAGGAAGAGGCCAUCCUUGGCUACAUAUGGAGCUUGAGACCAGCCUGGCUAAAUGAGACCCAGUCUUCUGAAACCAAAAUCAAGGACUGCAAAUCUGCCUCAGUGAGGGCAGGCUCUGGGUCUCGGCGGGAUCAAGCCAGGCAGCUGGUCACAGAUCUUGAGACCCGAGGGAAGCAGGCCCUUCCUCUCUUCAUCUCCUGCUUAGAGGACACAGGCCAAGACACCCUGGCUUCAUUCUUGCGAAGUAGUCGGCAAGCAGCCAAGCAGGAUCCAGAGGCUGCUAAACCCCUGGACCACCUGGUGCCUGUGGUCCUGGGACCAAUGGGAAUCGUAUCAAAGGAGCAGAAAGUAGUGAAGUUGGAGCCAUCGAAGCCUGCCCUGGGAAACCUCACCCCAGUGGUGCUGGGGCCGGAAGGGGUCUGGCCUGCUACGCUCAGACCAGAGGUUCUCAGACCAGAAACACCCAGGCCAGUGGACAUCAGUUCUGGUGGUACCUAUGAUGUCUGUGCUGCAGAGAAGAUCAGGAGUAGUGCAGAUAUGGCAUACAUCCUGGAUGCAGACCCCUGUGGCUACUGCCUCAUCAUCAACAAUGUGAACUUCUGUCCUUCCUCGGGGCUCGGCACACGCACUGGCUCCAGUGUGGACUGUGAGAAGCUUCAGUUCCGCUUCCGCUGGCUGCACUUCAUGGUGGAAGUGCAGAAUGACCUGACUGCCAAGAAAAUGGUCGCGGCUUUGAUGGAGAUGGCAGGGCGGGACCACCGUGCCCUGGACUGCUUUGUGGUGGUCAUCCUCUCUCAUGGCUGCCAGUCCAGCCACCUGCAGUUCCCAGGUGCCGUCUAUGGCACAGACGGAUGCUCCGUGUCGGUCGAGAAGAUUGUGAACAUCUUCAGUGGGACUGGCUGUCCUAGCCUGGGAGGGAAGCCGAAGCUGUUCUUCAUCCAGGCCUGUGGUGGCGAGCAGAAAGACCAUGGCUUUGAGGUGGCCUGCACUUCCUCUCGAGGCAGGGACUUAGACAGUGACUCUGAGCCAGAUGCUGUCCCAUACCAGGAAGGCCCAAGGCCCUUUGACCAGCUGGAUGCCGUGUCAAGUUUGCCCACCCCCAGCGACAUCCUUGUAUCCUAUUCCACCUUCCCAGGUUUUGUCUCCUGGAGAGACAAGAAGAGCGGCUCCUGGUACAUAGAGACCUUGGAUGGUGUCCUGGAGCAGUGGGCUCACUCUGAAGACCUGCAGUCCCUCCUUCUCAGGGUCGCCCAUGCAGUUUCUGAGAAAGGGAUUUAUAAACAGAUUCCUGGCUGUUUUAACUUCCUCCGGAAAAAGCUGUUUUUUAAAACUUAAUGAGACUGGGGCUGCUCCUUGCCUGAAUGUUCCCCUAAACCUUCAUGGCCUGGAGGUGACUGAGACUGGACUGUCCUGCAAAGCCAGGGUUUUGGAACUGUGGCAGGCCGCUCUCUUCCCUUCUUUGGCAGACAAGCUCCUAACAGCUCCCAGGUUGGUGAGAGAGGCAGAGCAUUGGAGGGAGAGGGACAGAGUGCUGUCAUUGUCACUGUGUCUCUUCAGCUGAGGUUAGGGACUGUGGCCUGUGACCCCCAGGUCCUCUCUAGAGCAGGACUUCUCUGAGUCUGCCCUACUGACAUGUGGGGUUGUAUAGUCCUGUCAUGGGACUGUCUUGUGUAUCAAAGGGUGUUGCCACGAGCACCCUUCCUGAGUUUUACCACCCAGAAAUGUCUUCAGACAUUGUCACAUUUGCCCUAGGAGACAUAACACUGGAGGAGCACUGUCCACAGGGGUCUGUGGAUCAUAUAUCCCAGCAUUCUUUCCCAGACCCGCAUCCAGCUGACCCAGUGUGGACACCUGGCUCUGUGAGUCUGGUCCAAGUUUCUUCCCUUAGCACAGAAUUUGUUCUUAAAAAAGUGAAUCUUAGGCCAAGGGACUUUGUUUUGCCUGUGUCAUCCCCACUCCUGUUCCCUGUUCUUCCCUACAAAGGAGACUUUUUUGUUUUUUCUGA